CUCUCUCUCUUCUCCUCCAGUCCAAUGGCAAUGCGCUUCCGGCGCCAAAGGAGCUAGUUUGAUGGGGCGAGCCGCCGCCCGAAGCCGGAUUCCGGAGACUGGUGCUCCGGCUGUCGGCUCCCACGAAGCCACAACGCCGCCGCCUCUGGAAAUCCUCCCUAAAAGGGCCCGCAGAAUCCGCCACCGCAUCAAAAACCUGCCUUUCCUCGUUGAGCGGCGGAGCAGGCCUUCCACUCCCCUUGUGAGGUGGCAGCUCCACGAUGCGGCGGGGAUGGCGCCGGAACUGGCCGUCCUGGAACGAACGGGCGAGUGUGGGGCUGCGGGGGUCUUCUCGGCUAGGAAGCUCGCGGCCGCGCUGUGGCAUUUGCAUGUGGUAGAGGUUGUUGAUGGAAGACUGGGAGGCAGCGGACCUCGGCUAGGGUUUGAGCCUAAUUCAAGGCAACUGCAUUCCCUCAAAAUCGCCAGUCAUGAUAGAACAGAUCUCCAUGCUAGCAUCAGUUAUGAGCAUGUUGGUCCAACCUCACCUAGUGUGAACGUUACUCUUCGAACGCUGGAGGAAUCUAGUACACAUCUCGGUUAUGCAUUGGAGAAGGCAACAAAAUGGGAUGAUGAGUUCAUAAGGUCAAGGAUGGAGGUUCAUCAAAAUCAUGGCCAACUGAAAGUCUUCAAGGAUCGUCGGAAGACUGCCUCUGCCAUUUCUUUUCUUCAAGCAGAGCUUGAGCAGGCUCAUUAUUGCAUUAACAGGCUUGAAAAUGAGAAACAGUCUACCAAGAAAAAGGUCGACCACAUCAUGAAGAAACUUGUGGAAGAAAAGGCCUCGUGGAAGAGCAAGGAACAUCAUAAAGUCCGAAAUGCCAUUGAAUCCAUCAAGUAUGACCGCGACCGAGAGAGGAAAAUGCAUAAAAGGAUAGAGAUUAUGAAUUCAGAACUAGUAAAUGAGCUUGCCCAAGCCAAAUUGUCUGCAAACCAGCACUUGCAGGACUAUGAGAAAGAGAGGAAGGCGCGCGAGCAUAUCGAGGAGGUUUGUGAGGAGCUUGUAAAGCAGAUGGGGGAUGAUAAAGUCGAAAUCGAAACUUUGACGAAGGAGUCUAUGAAAAUUCGAGAGGAACUCGAGGAAGAGAGAAGAAUGUUGCAGAUGGCAGAGGUUUGGCGAGAAGAAAGGGUACACUUGAAGCUGGUAGAUGCAAAAAUAACACUCGAGGAAAAGCAUGCUGAGUUGAACAAGCUUCAAGCCGACCUAGAUACUUUCCUAAGAAUCCAUUCUGGUACUAAUGCGGAUGUGUCUGUCCUGAAAGAAGCCGAAAUGCUGAGAGACGCUGUUAGCUUAAUGAAGUUUAAUGCCGUCGAGUUCCAUUAUCAGCCACCUCCAUCUUCAGGUGACAUCUUCUCUGUCUUUGAAGAACUCCAGCCAGGAGAAGAGACUAAUGCAAAGGACAUCGAACAGUGCAGUGGAUACAAACCUGCAAGUACUCAUGCAUGUAACACUCACAGUGCCAGCCCUGAUACCGACAUCUUCCUUGAAGAUCCAAUGAACAUAUAUGCUAAUGGGACACUUGAUGGAGAUAAGGAUACAGAAAACGAUAGAUUGGAGAUCAUGAGCUAUGGUGAGGGGCAGGGUUCUUGCACUUCUCCAGGCAGUGACCCAUCUGCCAAUGGCAUUCAUGAAGAAAGCCAUGCAUCGGCCAGUGGAAGUAGUGAAGUUUGUUCAAGAACCACAAGGCAAUCUAGGAAGAAAAUGCUUUCCAUUGGUAAACUUUGGAGGUCAUCCUUUGUGAGCAAUAGCAAUAACAAGAAAACUCAAGUGGAAACAAACAAAAAGAUCCUAAAUGCCAGAAUGCUGAAUGCCACUCUAUCUCCUGAUAUGGAUUCAGGUGAGGUAGAUCCAAGCUCUCCGAGUGUGGGUAUGCAACGGUCCUGUGAUUCGACAAAUUCUUGUAUCAGUCGCGGAAUGCAAGGAUGUUCUGAUUUGCCAGGUGAAACAAAAGACCACAGCUUGAAGAAAAAACUACUUGAGGCAAGAGUGAAGAGCCCAAGGUUUCAGUUGCGCCAUGUUCUUAAACAUUAAUCUUAGUGUCAUUUUUUUCCCCCUCAACUGAAGAUAUCUAUCAUGAGUUGCAAAUACCUUAGCACUUUGUUAAAUAUAAAUUAAGCACCAGCAUGUACAGUCACUGUUCCUUGGAAAGACACUUAGUCAUUUUAUGCAUCAGUUAAUAUUAAUAUUGUUGAAACUAUUUAGCA